UAAGCUGAUAACGUAUUAACGUGGCUGAGCUGCUCAUGACGCGCGAUUGCCGAUUGCCACUGUUUUGACUUUCGAAUGUUUUGUUCGAUAACGUUCGUCGUUCAUAGUCUGUUGGCUUCAUAAAUAAUAAUUUAUUUAAAUAUUGUUCUUACUCUUUGCCCCUUAUCCAAUAUCAACCGAACGAUCGUUUCUACACGUGUUCAACGUUCAACGCGAGAUCGAUGGGGUCUCAUUUCCUUUCACCUUUAGGUUUGCAUUUACAAAGUUCGACGAACGUUCAAAGAUCAUGACACUAUACCAGUUAUAAAAGGUGCUUAUCGCUGGAAACGAACUCGCCGACUCCUGCUUGACGACGUUCCUGUGUAAAGCGUACUCUCCCCGGUGCUCGCAACACAGUCUGUAAUUUGUUUUCUGUGCAGCAAACAUUCACAGUACUAGUUCAUUUAUUCUGUGGAACUGUGCUACAACUACAGUAAGAUUUGACUUUGACAUGGAGUUUAUUAGAAUUAUUCCUUCCCAAAAUCCUUUUUUACAAUCAUAUUGUAAAGUGCCCACAAAAGGCCAACCUUCCACACUCUGCUCAAAAAUGGCCAAGACAUUAUCUUGUAAAAUAGGUCCGUCUAUUUUGAACGCUGAUUUAUCACAGUUAUAUAAUGAAUCUCAAAAGUUGAUAGAUAGUGGAGCGGAUUAUUUACACUUGGAUGUUAUGGAUGGAACUUUUGUACCUAAUUUGACUUUUGGACAUCCAGUCGUUAAAUGUCUAAGAAAUAAAUUGCCUAACACUGUGAUGGAAACACAUAUGAUGGUUCAAAAUCCAAUUCAAUGGAUUUCUGCUAUGGCUGAUGCUAAUGUAGAUCAGUACACGUUUCAUAUUGAGCCAUGUGAUGAUGUUUCUUUAGUAUGCCGUAAAGUCAAAGAAGCUGGUAUGAAAGUAGGUUUAGCAAUAAAACCUGGCACUCCUGUUACUUCUGUUGAAGAAUAUAUAGAUAUGGCUGAUAUGAUUUUGGUGAUGACAGUUGAACCUGGAUUUGGUGGUCAGAAAUUUAUGACUGACAUGAUGCCAAAAAUAGAACUGUUAAGAGAAAAAUAUCCCACAAUGGACAUUGAAGUUGAUGGAGGAAUUGGUCCAAAUAACAUUGAUGUUUGUGCUAAGGCAGGAGCAAACAUGAUUGUAUCUGGAACCGCAGUGAUUUUAGCUAAAAAUCCACCUAAAGUUAUUAAACAACUUAAAGAUGCUGUUAAUAAACAUUUAAAUAAAAAAUAAAAUUAACAAUUUUAUUUUUUUAAUGAAGUUUAUUGUUAUUAAUAAUUUUGUAACAUUUAUUAAACUUUUUAUUUAAAAUA